AAUUUCUCAGAAUCAGAAGGAAGAAAAAAGAAGGAAGAAGAUCGGAGAUGGCAUCGAAUGCGGCGGUUCCGUUUUGGAGAGCGGCGGGGAUGACAUAUAUAUCGUAUUCAAACAUCUGUGCGAAUAUCGUGAGGAAUUGUCUCAAGGAGCCACACAAAGCUGAAGCCCUAACUCGCGAGAAGGUUCACUUCUCUCUUUCCAAAUGGGCUGAUGGGAAGCCCCAGAAACCUGUUUUGCGGUCAGACACACCUGAAGUUUGAGAUUGAGUUUGAGCUGAUGUCCUUAAAGGAAUUCAAAAGAAACUGUGUUACCAAGAUUUGUUUUCUUUUUAUUGUCAGCAAUGGAGCUUGAGUGAGAAACUCAUUUCCAAUCAUAAUAAUGACAUUGAUACUACUUGUGUAUCUGUUUUCUUGUUUUGCAUCUACUCUGUUUCAAUUUUUGCAUGCAAAUAAUCAAAGUGCCUUUGAGGU